GUUGAUUCUCUUUUCUCCGUGCCUCAACGUGGAGCUGUAGUCAACGUUUCGGCUAUUCGAUUUAAAAAACAUUAAUACUCGAAAAGAAAGGUAUUGAAGUUUGCGCUGCUCUCUUUAUAUACAUCGGGGCACGUUCUCCAACAGCGUUAGAACAGCGGCAAACAAAUAUGCAGCGGACAGGCACCCGACUCACCUUGCGGUGCCUCCGUCGUGGAGCGGCGCGGCUGACCGCCACCACCACCACCGUCGCAGCCGUCCACGUCGGCCUCCUCUCCUCCUCCGGCGCUGCUACAAACACCGCUACCACCUCCUCCUUCUGUCUUCCGGCCCUUCACGCGGCGGCGGCUGCACGGGCGUUCUCCACCACGUCGCCCCGCCGCAGUCCCGCCGGCAACGCGAAUGGGCCGGCGGUGGGCAUGGGCGGCGACGUGGACGAUGUGGAGGAGACCCACCCCGACUUCCAGCCCCGCAUAGUCUCCACCGACCUGGCGGACGACGAGGUCGCGGCCAUCAAGAAGGACAUCGCGGAUACAAUUCGCGAGGAGGACAUCGUCGUCUUCAUCAAAGGCGUCCCCGAGGCCCCGAUGUGCGCCUUCUCCAAGAAAAUGGUGGACGUGAUGGAGGCCCUCGGGGUGGAGUACACGUCGUUCGACGUCUUGGCCCACCCGGUGGUGCGGAGCUACGUGAAGGAGGUGAGUGAGUGGCCGACGAUCCCGCAGGUGUUCAUCAAGGGCGAGUUUGCCGGUGGUGUGGAUAUUAUCUUGAAGAUGGCGGAGAGCGGUGACUUGCAGCUGCUGCUGGAUGCGAAGGGCAUCAAGCACCGCGAGACGAAGCUGUAG